AUGCCACCACCUUUUCAUUGUGAUAGUAUUUCGAUUGCGAAGAAGAAAGAGCUCCAACGCCACGAUGUGGGAUUCGGGCAAAGAACUUGUCAAGCAUGGUGGAGGCUGGAGGAGCGAAUGAGAGGCUUCGUUUGGCUGGAAGAAGCAGUGAAUUUCCUACCAGACCAGGACACGCUACCCGAGAUCAAUGUUUCCAGUGACACCUCCAAGUUUCGAUACACGUACGAAAGAUCAUCAUCAAAUGGAAGGCACCACAUCCAUGUAGCGAGACAAUCCCACACCCGCAUAAUCCGAGAGCCACUUCCAAACGUGGAUGGAUUCUUGACAAACAUGGUGUAUGGAGGCACUGGUUUCGUGAUUAGCUACGCGCUUGCCGAGGAGCUUGACAAGAGAGCGUAUACCUCAACACAUGCCUGUGUGGUGGAAUUGGGCGUGCCGCUCACGGUGGAGCGUGGAUUCCACCAGUUUGACGUCCUGGACGACGCCUCUGGCUUGCUCUUCUCGACACCGCUCGUCUCGCUCCUGGAUCCAAGGAUGGGGAGGAUCGAGAGCAUCAAGCAUCUGAUCGGGAGCGCGCACGGGGUGGAUCCAAUGGGCUUGCUCCAGAAAUCCUUCUGCUACGAUCCCAAUCGGGACUGGACGAUCAAACUGUCUUGGGGAUUCGUCUUCCGAUCGCGUGGGAAUCGCCUUCACGACGAGAGAGAACCCGGAAAGUCAAGCAGUAGCUAUGCGCGGGAAGAGAGGACACGGUGGAAGUGUUUACGCUCCGAGAAGGAUUUAGAUUUAUCUGGUCAAGGAUGUAACUCUGGAUUCAAGGCUAACUUUACUUUUUAA